CAAAAUUUAUUGUUGUAAAAAAAUUUUGUUAAUAAUUUUUCUGCUGUCUGUCUGGCUCUGUACUGUAAUAAUAAUCGCUAAAUUCUUCUUAUAUAGUCGUUGCUUUUUAUUAUAAAUACUUUCUCGUCAACUUAUUUGUCGUGAUUAAUGAUCGAUUAUUUUGUUUGGUCGUUGUUCGAGGCGUCGAGGUUCGUACCUACUUGGUUAACCAACUGCGACUAGACUACCAAGCUAUUUCAUCUUGAACGUUAAACUUGGCGUACGAUGAUAUAUUGACAUAAUACCUAAUUCACGCAUCGUAUCGUAUUCGUAUAACAACUAUAACUGCCAUAGUACGCGAUUCGCGAUUCGCGAUUGACGAUGAUGGAUUAUCACUUGGGUAGGAAAGACUAAUUUUGAAACUAGAAUGUCGAUCGAAGUACUACGUUCGGUGAGUGGUUCGUGUUAUGUUGCAUUGUAGUGGAGGAGAUAAGAUCGCUAGUUUGUUAAUUAUCGUCGCUGUCGCCAUCGCCGAGACGCCGUAGCUGUGUAAUAUGAACAGGGAUAUCAAUCGAAGGAUAUUCGCCAUUCAAGCUAAGAAGAAAUGGCAUAAGAACGGCGGCAAACGUCGUAACAAACCCGAAAUCAGCAAGACGAUGAACACGAGUACGAGUACGAAUACAAGUACGAAUACGACGUCGAAAACGAAAUCCGCAUCGUCUAAGAAUACCGAACAAAACAACGCCAACAACGCCGCCAGUAGUCCGAACCAAGCCAACAACGUCGACGACGUCGAAGAGGUGCACAGUUCGGACGAGGAAGAGCAAGAAGACUCGUCCGACUACUGUAAAGGAGGUUAUCAUCCGGUCAAGAUCGGCGAUUUGUUCCUAGGCCGUUAUCACGUGACUAGAAAACUAGGAUGGGGCCACUUCUCAACGGUAUGGUUGUGCUGGGAUUUAACCGAUAAGCGGUUCGUCGCUUUGAAAGUGGUGAAAAGCGCUUCGCAUUUCACCGAAACCGCCAUAGACGAAAUCAAAUUGCUGAAAUGCGUUCGCGAAAGUGAUCCGGAAGAUAUGAAACGCGAUCGGGUUGUGUUGCUGUUGAACGAUUUCAAAAUACGAGGCAUUAACGGCACGCACAUUUGCAUGGUGUUCGAAGUGCUGGGCCAUAAUUUGCUGAAAUUGAUCAUAAAGAGCAACUAUCGCGGUAUACCUAUUCAGAAUGUCAAGUCGAUCGUGAAACAAGUGUUGGAAGGCUUAGACUAUUUGCAUACCAAAUGUAAUAUUAUCCAUACCGACAUCAAGCCGGAAAACGUGUUGCUGUGCGUGUCGGAGAAAUACAUUCGCAAGCUGGCUUCCGAAGCGACCGAAUGGCAUUCGAGCGGAGUGAAAUUACCAGUAUCGCUGCGUAGCACCGCUCCCAAAGAGUUCCAGACGCCCGCUCCGAACGCCUUCAUGUCCAGAAGUAAGAAGAAGAAGCUGAAAAAACGCCAAAAACGACACACCGAAUUGUUGAAGAAACAGUUGCAACAACUCGAAGAAAUCGAAAGCAACGACCAAGGCGAUAGUACGACGAAUACGAAUACGAAUGUGAUAAGUAAUUCGGCCAACGACGCCGAAUCCGGCGAAAAAUGCACGUCACCGACCAAAAACAGCAGCGGCAACGUCGUCAAUAAUAACAACAACAACGACGACGAGGACGACGACGACGACGAUGAGGAAGAAGAAGAAGACGACGACGUCGAAGAUGGCCCAGAACAUCUGCAUCAUCGUAGUAACGUCGAUCGCGAUCGCCGUCGACACGAGAUGGACGAAAGCGGUGGCUGCUUCGAAUCCGUCAACGAUAACGACGUCUCGUCGGCCGGAGACACGCUGAUCGACAGCAAUCCGCAUCACCGUCAACACCGCCUUCCUCACUCCCACCACCCUCACCCCCACCAGCAACAGCACCACCACCAUAAUCAACCAAAUUUUUGUCACGACGACGACGACGUCGAAAAGACGGCGACGAUAACGACGGACGCUUCAUCGACGACGACGACCGUGCUGGAAAACGGUUGUCGAAAUGAGACCGACAUCGAGGUCGACGUCGAAUCCAGCGAUCGUAACAACGAUCAGGGCUGCGAAUCGAGCAAUUCGACGACGGACGCGGUCGGCGAAGAAAAAUCGUCCAACUUUCAUCGAUCGCAGAGCUCGUUGCAGUCGUCGUGCGACGGUCUGGAUCCGUCUCAAGAGCCGUGCGACAUCCGAGUCAAGGUGGCCGAUUUGGGCAACGCGUGUUGGACCAGCCGGCAUUUCACCGAAGACAUACAAACCAGACAAUACAGAUCGCUCGAGGUGCUGGUCGGCGCCGGCUACGACACGUCAGCCGAUAUAUGGAGCGUCGCCUGCAUGGCGUUCGAGCUGGCCACCGGCGACUAUCUGUUCGAACCGCAUUCCGGCGAAGGCUACAGCCGAGACGAAGACCACCUGGCCCAUAUAAUCGAAUUAUUAGGCGAAAUACCCAAGCACGUCAUCGAUCGAGGCAAACAUUCCAAGACUUACUUCAAUCGCAAAGGCGAAUUACGUAACAUUACCGGACUCAAGCCGUGGCAUUUGUUCGACGUGCUCAUCGAAAAGUACCACUGGCAGCCGGAAAACGCCAAGGAAUUCGCUGACUUUCUAACGCCCAUGUUGAAGUACGAUCCGAAAGAAAGGGCUACCGCCGCCCAGUGUCUCAAUCACAAGUGGCUCGGUACCGCUAGUUAAUCUAGCUCGACGAUCCCCUUUCCACUUGCAUCCGAUUCGUUUCGUGGCCGCUGAAUAGUCGACAUUUUUUUUCGUAAAUACAUUUGUAUUGUAGUCCGUUUGACAAUUAUUUUUAUCGUGUAUUUAUUGCGUUUCGUGUUUUUUUUUUUUUUUGGUUGUUGUUGUUUUUUUUAUCCCGCCACCCUCUCAAAAUUAAUUCGUUAUUUGUUCCCGCCGCCGUUGCUGCUGCUGCUGCUGCCGCUGCCGCCGCCGCCGGUGAUUUUAGGGGUUUCUCCGACGAACGUGACGCGUAAAAUUCUCCGUAAAUACCAUCGAAAUUGAACGUUGAAAAUUCUAUCACCGAUAACACGUCUCUCUUCUUCGUGGACGAAUGAUUUAGCAGCUACGUAUGAAAAUUUUUUUCGCGUUUUGGGGCUCGUGUAACAAGAAGAGAAUAAAGCUUUCAAAAUUAUUACGCGCUUAUUCUUCUUCUUCGUCGUCUUCUUUUUAUUAUUAGCAUUAUUUUUUCAUUUCGUUUCAUUUAUUUAUUUAUUUUUGUUCGGUUUUUGUUUUUACCUAGAAAUUUUCGAAACGAUAGCCAGUAGCAUCGCUCUCGUUUUUAGUUACGUAGAUCAAAAUUUGAAUAAAUAUUCGCCGGUACGUGUCAAAUGCUUGGUCUAGAGACUCUAGGGUACUCGUACGAGAUUACGUAUAGGUAAAUUUUAGCAGCAGGGCGCGGCGAUUCGCGUCAUUUUAUUCGUUCUUCCUCGUAGGAAAUGAAAAAACCUAAAAAAAAAAAAAACCCACUCAGCACCGAUCGUAUGUGUACGUAUUAGGUAUUUACUCGAAUUCGUCGUAGGUUUUUGUAUACUAAGAGUACCCCUUAUGGCUACAUAGAUAGAGAUACAUAUUCCUUUAUUACGUAGGCAUUUUUACCGUAGCGCGUAAGCGCGUCCGCGUCCGUGUGCUGUAUUAUUUUUUUUCAUUGUUCACCGCUAACGAUUCACACAUAUAGUAUUUGCUCGAAUCGUUUUUUUUUCACUUUGGAAACCGUGCAACUGGGAUAUGUAGAUUGUUUAUUGUUAGCAAUGUCUUGACGUGUGUGUUUGUUUGUCUGUAUAUUUUGCAAAAAAAAAAAAUUCAUUAUAACGAAUAUGGUUUAUUUAUUAUUAUUUAUUAUUCUUAUGUAUUCUUAUUCUUAUCAUCAUUAUCAUUUUAUUUUAUUUUUUAAAUCAAUGCGCGUUCGUUUGUUUUUUUUUGUCUAUUAAUUUUAUUUGUAAAGUUUGAAAGUUUUUUUUUUUUUUUUUUUUUUUUUCUAUCGAAUGUACUGUACUAUUUACUACGAUUGUUACAUAUAUUAUGAAACCGAUUCGUGUCCUGCUCGAAUGAUCUAACAUUUUGACUUACUUAGUAAACUAAUUAUCGAUUGAUUGAAUUAAAAUUAUUAUUGACG